AUGCCCGGCUCUGGCAAGCAGUCAAAUGAGGUGCAAGCUCAAAUAAAAGAAUUGCUCGAGGCUGGCUUCGAUCCCACCACGAUACAUCGUCGAUUGAAAGUGGGACGUAGCUCAAUAUAUCGUAUGAAACGUUGCCUGGAACAACAUGGAACAAAUUACAUGCCACCUGAGUUGAACAAGAAAAAUGGUCGUCCGAAAGUGCUGACGGCAGAGCAAGAAUUGGAAGUUCUCGAUUGGCUUCGUGUCCCAUCCAAUCGAAAUCGAUAUCUCGACGACUUGGUAUGGCUGAUCCAUGAUCGUUUCCACAUUGUCUGCAGCACGACGACCAUGUCCAAGAUGAAGCGGAAGUGGUUACGGGUUAUCGAGUUUGAGGAAUCCGGCCAGCCCAUCGACGAAGUCACGCGACAGCAGCUCUUGGAGACGCAUCCGGAUCUGCCCCUGCUGCAGGGAACAUCGGCAACGAGUACACAUUCGAUGGAUCAUCGAGAACACCACAGUCAUGGAUUAGGUAGUGCAAUAAAUCACGAAUCUGGCGAACUUCUCACACCCAUCGACGAUCCAUCGCAAGAUCUCCCUCAAGAUGAGAAUUCAAAUCCACAUCCCUUCGACCAACAACAACCACUCCCUAGCCAACAAGAUCUCCAUCUCCACCACACUCCCUUCCCGGAGCAAGAACUCCCCCCAGACCUCAUCCUCUCCUCAUCCCAUCUCCAACCAUUCCCAUCUCAACCCAACCACGACGACGCAAUCCAGCCCGACCUCGCCGAGCACACACACACACUCCAGCCGCCAGAUCAUAUCUUCCCAGACAACCAGAUCGACUUGUCAAUAUCCGGCCAAGAAGACCGCCUGCAUUCCCCGCCUCCUCAGAUUGACAGACGGCUCGAGCGACGGAUUCACGAUGAAAUUGCAACAGCGAAUGCGGCGGUGGUGACGGCGGCUGCGGCGGUGGCGGUCGCUGAUGGAGGACGGUAA